CUAUCUCCGUCGAAACUUGAAGCAAUGACUUCUCCGACGAGCAGCGAAUAUGCUGAAGCUAAGACAGGCGUGUUCUGGGACGUGAAGGAAUGUCCAAUCCCUACUGGUCUCGAUCCUGAUUCGAUCUUUCGAAACAUCAAGUCAGCACUUGCGAAAAACGGCUAUUAUGGGGAGCUAACAAUAAUGCCUUACUGUGACAAGAACCAGUUCCCAGACGGACCAGAUGACUUUGAAUCUGCCGGAAUGAAGCUCGUACCCGAAGAUGAAGCACGGAGAUAUAAAACGAUGUCGCGUGAACUUUGUUCCUGGUUUUGUUUCGACCGUGGAGACGACGAAUUCACAAACUUGAUGGUCAUCUCUGGAGACAACAUGGAUUUUCUUUCAACUCUCCAGAUGUUUAAACAGAGAGAUCCCGUCAACAUUCUCUUAGCUCAGCCUGAGAACGCACCAAGAUGGUGUCCCAAGUGCAGAAGGCCUUUGGAAAACCUCGUCGCUGAAAGUGGUGAAUGGUUUUGGGAAAGUUUAGCUGCUGGAGGAGACCCUAUCACCAAAACCAAAGGACAAGAAGAGCUUCUUGGUCACACGGAUUGUUGUUGAUUUCGUAAGCUCUUCUUAAACAUCUUGCUAAUAAGUUAAAUGUUUAUAACUUGCUGUAUAGUCGUAUUGCUUAGUACUUAACAUGUUUAUAGGUUUCUACUUAAUUGCUUACUAGUUAAUGUUUGUAAUUUGCUACAUAUUGCUUUAGUGGUUAAUGUUUUAUAGUUUGCUACA